AUGUCUGCCAACGGUCGUACUCAGCAGAUCCGUGCCUCUAUCAUGAACAUGGACGGAUCGAACGAUGGUGGUUCCCCCUCUGGCGGUCGAUCCCGCUCCGGUUCGCACGCCUCUCAACCCAAGGCUCAGAACCCCUUCGGUCCUUCUAUGGGCUUCGAUCCUGCCAAGCCUCAGGGUGGUCCUGCGAAGGAGCAUCAGAAUACCCGCAUCGAUCCGCCCGCCGAGUCGUUUCUCAACCCCGGCGCAUCUCCUUUUGUUCGGAGACCUGGCUACAACACCGCCGGUAAGCCGGUCAAUCUCGAGGUGAACCAGUUCCGCGUCAAACAGUGGGACGACAAGAUGACAAUCUAUCAAUAUGAUGUCACUAUCUCCCCGCCCCCCCUGAAAUACAACGUUGUCUUCAAGAAGUGCUGGGAGUCUCGCGCCGUCCAGGAGAUGCUAAAGAAGUACAAGUGUCUCUGGCUGCAAGAUGGCCGAAAGCUCGCUUGGUCUUCGGUUCCCAUCAACCGUGGUGAGGAGCGUCUUAAGGUCGAUCUUGACGAGGGCAAGCCUAUCCGGCAUAAUGCUAAGGUCCCUGAUAACUCUUUUUUCUUCGUCAUGAAGGAGACAAAAAGAAUCAACUUGGCAGCCCUGGAGGCAUACCUCACUGGCAAGAUGGAUUGGGACAAUUCCGUCCUCGAGUGCAUGAACUUCAUGGAUCACCUUGUGCGCCAGUAUCCAAGCGAGCGUCUUCUCUCUAUCAAGCGGAAUUUCUACAACGAGCGCAACAAGAAGAGUAUGGACCUUGGCCCCUGUUUGGAGGUCGUAAAGGGUGUUUAUUCCUCGGUCCGCAUGAACCAGUCUGUUAUGGACAAGAUUGGACGUGGACUCGGUCUGAACGUCGACGUCGCCAACACUGCUUUCUGGAAGGGCAACGUACCACUGCACAUGUUUGUUCGGGAAUUUCUGGGCACUUGUGACCGCAGAUGGCAGAGCAUGAAGCCCAACGACAUCGCCGAUCUGCUCAAGCCGGUUCGGCAGAAAGACCGGAACGGGGGUAUUGUCUUUGCCAUGUCGGAUGCCUUCAAACAUCUUCGCAAGCUGGUCAAGCUUCCUUUUUCCCCUAAGCACCGUGGCAAGGAGAGUUGGGACAAGACCUACCGCAUCAAGGCCUUCGCUUUUGAUCAGAAGUUCGGUGAGCGGGGUGCUACCGCAGACAGUAUCCAGUUCGAGAACAACAACGUGCUGAUGAACAUUACUCAGUACUUUCAGAAGACCUACGGUUAUCAGGUCAUGUUCCCCAACUGGCCUGUCGUUGAGACUGCAAAGUCUGGCUUCUUCCCGAUGGAGAUUUGCAUCGUCAAGGCUAUGCAGCGCUACCAAUUCAAGCUGGACCCGGAUCAGACCUCCGCUAUGAUUAAGGCCGCCGUGACGCGACCUAACCAGCGAAAAGCUGACAUCAUGGAUGCAAAGAAUCAGCUGUCGUGGAAGGAAGACCCGUACCUCCGCCAGUACGGUGUCGUCUUCGAGGAUCAGAUGGCCCGAACCCAGGGUUCACUUCUCGAGCCCCCUAAGAUCCAGUACGCGAACAACAUCACAAGCCCCAUGUUCUCUGGUCGUUGGGAUCUGCGUGGCAAGAAGUUCUGGGUUCCCAACCGUCAACCCCUGCAGUCCUGGGGUAUACUUAUUCUCGAGAAUGGAUGCAACAAGGCCACCGCCCAGGCCUUUGUACAGACGUUCAAGCAGACAUAUACUGGUCACGGAGGCAAGAUUAUGAGGGAUGCCGUCAUCGUUGACAGCGAGGUCCGGAACCAUAAUGUUGCCGAGGCCGUUGCGAAGGCUUAUGCUCAGAUCAAGGCACAGACGAAGGCUACUCCUCAGCUGCUCUUCUGCGUGCUGAGGUUCAACAACGCUGGCUCCUACGAGCGCAUCAAGAAGUCUGGUGACUGUCGCUUCGGCCUGCUCACCCAGUGCGUCCUUGCGCGUCACGUCGAGAAGAACCAGGGUCAGUACCACUCCAAUGUGGCCAUGAAGGUCAACGCCAAGCUCGGCGGCAUUACUUGCCGUAUCCCCCAUCCGUCCGGUCCUGCCAGUAAAGCUCCUGCCUUUUUCAAGCAAGUUACAAUGAUGAUUGGCGUCGACGUAUCUCACUCCUCGCCGGGCAUUGACGCCCCUUCGAUGGCUGCAAUGACAAUGUCCAUGGAUCAGGAUGCUACGUUCUACUCCGCGGCCGUCGAGACCAAUGGUUACCGCGUUGAAAUGUUGUCUCCUAUCAACUCAAAGAACUUCCUCGCUCGCCUGAUGCCCACUUGGCACAAGCGCAUGAACCACCCGGCGCCACCCCCCCACAUCAUCUACUUCCGUGACGGUGUAUCCGAGGGACAAUACGCUCAGGUCCUUGAGUACGAGGUUGGGACGAUGAAGAAGCUGAUGGAGCAAAAGUACCAGGGACAAAAGCAGCCCAAGUGGACUGUUAUCGUGGCAACCAAGCGUCAUCACAUCCGCUUCUUCCCGCAGCAGGGCGACAAGAACGGCAACCCGUUGCCCGGUACCCUCUUGGAGCGGGAGGUCUGCCACCCGUUCUGGUGGGACUUCUACCUCUGUUCUCACGUCGCCAUCCAGGGCACUGCGCGCCCCGUUCACUACACCGUUCUCGUGGACGAGGCUAAGAUGAAACCCAACGAUCUUCAGCGCAUGAUCUACGGCCAGUGCUACUCUUACGCCCGCUCGACGACUCCGGUAUCGCUCCAUCCCGCAAUCUACUAUGCAGAUCUUGCUUGUGGCCGCGCUCGUGCCCACGAGAACAUCGCGACGUCCCAUGGCUUCCGUUCUGGUCCAAAGGCUGCAGAGAUGGCCGAUGAGUACGGCGCUCGCGGCAUGUCUAUGUUCGAUAAUGAUCGACCUACCGAGGCUAUGCAGCUUCUACCUCUGGGCGGUGCCGGCGCCGAUGCUGACCCCCAGGCGAGCGAGAUGUUCAAGGGCACUAUGUGGUACAUCUAA